AUGGGAAGAGCUUCCCUUGAGCUGCCCCUCAAUAGGGAUGGAUCGAUCAGAUCCGGCAAUUUUCGUGCCCCAUCUCCAUCACCUUUUGAUAAAAUGAGAAUGCAACUGAACUAUUUGAAAAGUCGGAGGAUAACGGAGGGAGCGACGUUGAGGUUGCUGUCGAUACUCAAGAUGUUGGCCCAAAUCCAUGUUUUUCUCGGGAUUCUUAUGUUAAUAUUGUCGGCUCUAGCGGAUUAUGUUUCAUCGAGGAAAAACACAAUUCGACUAAACGGCCUACUUGAAUGCUGUUCUUUCUACUUUGUCGUCAUGGGAUCAGUGGGUCUUUGCGGGGCAGCUUCGUACAGAAGAGGGCUCGUCAUCGCGAUUCUUGUGAUGAGUGUGCAUGCGAUUCUUAUCUUUGUCCCCGGAAUUGUCAUCGUUUCCAGCUUCGAUAUUCAUUUUCAUAAGCACGAGUGUUGGGGUUCUUGUGAUUGGCACCUCUUGGCUACAUCUCUUCCGCAAAACAGUCAGUGUCAGAUUUUGUGCGGUACAAAUGUUGAUGAGCAUAAAAGAAGUGUAAUGACCAGGCUGGGGACCGAUUACCGACUAGAUGCAGGAUUGAUAGCGUUGGCCGGCCUGGAGCUCCUAUUCGCCAUCGCCACUUUUCUCAUCUCGUUGAAGAUCAUCUGUAGCAAGAUUACGCAACAACCGAUCGUCGAAAUGAUGCCGCUGACCGCCCCUCAAGUCCAACAGGCCGAUCAAUCCAACAAACAAGAGCCC